UCUCAAGCUCUCUCAGCUCUCUCAGCUUAUGCUAGCUCUCUCUCUCUCUCACGACUUCUUCACUCUUGGACUAUCUUUCACUCUUCUCUCUCACGCCUAGCAUUCUCUCACAAAGAUGGAUAGACAAGAGAAUAAAAGGAGACAUGUAUUGCAAAUUUGGGAAUUACUGGUAUAGGGUCUGUGAAGGAGAGGCCGAGUCUAUUGUUCAAAGACCAUGGCAUUUGAUAUGGAAAUCAAGACGGCUGAUGGACAAAGUGUCAGCAAUUGCAUCAAGGUUGAAUUGGGAUUAUGACGCAGUUCACAUAAAGAGAGGAGAGAAGGCAAGAAACAGGGAGUUCUGGCCUAAUCUUGCUACAGAUACUUCACCUGAUACGCUUAUCUCAACCUUGAGGGACAAGAUUGAAGAUGGGAGAAGCCUUUAUAUCGCAACAAAUGAACCUGAUACAUCGUUCUUUGACCCUUUGAAGGACAAGUAUUCUACUCAUUUUCUUGACGAGUACAAGGAUCUUUGGGAUGAGAAUAGCGAGUGGAACUCAGAGAUGACAAAGCUUAACAAUGGUAAUCCGGUUGAACUUGAUGGUUACAUGAGGAUAUCAGUUGAUACAGAAGUGUUCCUGAGAGGUAAAAAACAGAAUGAAACUUUCAAUGAUCUCACUAACGAUUGCAAAGAUGGUAUCAACACCUGCAGCACUUCGGCCAGCUAAAUCAUCAGGACACUAUAUAUGAGGAGGUUUGAAACUUUGCUGCUUGCUGCAGCUGCUUUUGGAAAUAUGAAACCACGUGUACUUUUAGCUAUUCUAUUAUAUGUUGCAUUUGAGAAAUUGUAAGCUUUACUUCUAAAUUAUUAGCAUUGAGUAGCAUGAAUCAUGAAUUUUGUACCUGUAAAAGCGACUAUCAAUGUGUAAUUUACUUGGUAUCUUUUGAGAUCCUAAUUGAACUUGGGUUA